GCGGGGUAACGAUUCGGACACACUUUCUCUUAUUUUAGUUCAUAGACAAGAUCUUUCCCUUUUUGUUUAUUUGUUUGUUUAUUUACUGAUUGAUUGAACACCUGGGCUGGAUUUGAACGCGCGGGAUUUCAGGUGUCCGGCUGAGCGCGAGACGGGUUUGUUGCCCCGCGUGACUUCCGCGCGCCGAGCUGAGCAUGAAAUCUGAUGUCGCACUCUAACCCCGCUGUAAUUAUAGAGCGUGAUCAUCUUAUCAUCUUAUAUUAUCACAUGCACUGUCACCCGCCUUCCUAAAGAAUUAUAACUUUAUUUAUCUGCUUUUAUUUUAACAAAUAAUAAUCAUAAUAAUCAUAACAUAUCGUGGUUUAAAUAUUUACAUUUAGAUGCUCAGCUUGAACUUUAUUACGGUGUUUGUGUGUCUUUGUUUACAUGUGAACCAAAAUCAGGAACAUUAUAGAUAAUAUAGGGUUAAAAAGAAAAUAUACCAAUACUUUUUGUUGUUGUUGUUGUUGUUGUUGUUGUUUGUUUCUGACUUAAAAAAAAAAAAAAGUUCUGGCAUUAAAAAAACAGUAUCUCAAAGGCCUUUCGCAGGAUAACCUGAUUAACUAGCUCCGUGGGUUGGGUGAGGAGAGCGAAGGUGCCAAGCCAUGUCCCUUCCGUGGCGCUUCCUGUUCCUCGUGCUGGUUGGAGCUUUAAUGUGUGCAGCAGAUCUGAAGAAAUAUGACUUGCAGAAGAACAUCACCUGCUCUCAGGGUCUGAGAAACUGCCGAGUCAGCCGUUCCAACUCUGUGGUUCCUCCACGUGAUUUCGGCCCCGUGGAAGUUUUGUCUCUCGACGUAGAGACCGCCCUGUGCUGCAGAGCACCGCAGAAAUGCAGAGCGUGCCUCAGGAUCCGGAUCCAACUCCGAAUCCUCCGAAUCGACGACGUCAGCGGAGAAACUCCAGAAGACUCUGAAGACGGGGCCCGUGCUGCUAUAACACUGUCCUACACGUCUGCGCCAAAUCUUCAGUCCUACAAGAGGAUCAACUUUACUGUGAAAUCCGACACAUGGACGGACCGAGAAUCUGAGGUCACGGUGGUGGUGCACGAGGGCGUGUUCCUGGGGAGCUCUGUGUCUGUCACGGUGAACAAUAUGUCACGGGACGUUCACUUCCCGCAGCACAACUCGGUGUGCUCUUCUGAUAUAGAGGAAUGUAAAACUCCAAGAAUCUUCAGAGAGAUCAACAGGGACAGAGGCGUGGUGGAACUGAAAGCCGAGCCCGAGGAGAUGCUGGUGAUAUGUGUGAAACGGAAAGGGAUGGGCUCGUGUCGGCAGCUGAGCGACCGGAUCAUCCCCCUGCACGCCGUCACACACUGCAUGUGUUUCCAGGCUUGGAGGGAACACAGAGAAUAUGAAAAAUCUUACCGGUCUGAAACUUGCCCCUUUGAGGAUGACAAAGAGUUCAGCAGGAACGCAGCGAGGAACAUGUCACUCUCCGUGGCACACUCCGAGACCAACGAAGGUCGUCCAGCACUGAGCUGGAACAUGAGCGCCCCCUGCAGGCUGGAGGCCGAGGUGUGGCCUUGCCAGAUGGCCGUGACUCUGGGUGGAGGCUGCACGGAAGUGCCCGGUUUCCGACGGAACAUCAGCUCCGGGUGGGAAGAGAACAUCAGUAUGGUGUGGACGUCGGGCGCGUUCCUGGACGUUAGAACCACAAACAACCUGCAAAUCUGUGUGAUGUUUAAGGUGGAUGGAGAAACGUUCGGCCCCGUGUGUGAGCGUGAAGCCUCCAGGGGGCGUUGGAUCUGCGUGAUGUCGGUGACGCUGCUGAUUUCCGUCCUGUUGGCGGUAGGAGUGCUCGUGUUCAGGAGCAGGAUCGAAGAGUGGCUUUCAAACUCCAGUCCAACGCAUCAGUCUCGAGGCCUCCGUGGUGAAGUUCUGCUCGUGUACUCGUCCGGUUCCGAUCCGUCUCUCUCAGAAACCGUGUGCUGGUUUGCUACUUGGCUUUCUGAGCUCGGGUUCUCCGUCUCUCUGGAUCUGUGGAAUCGGGCGGCCGUGAGCGCGAUGGGUCCGACCCCGUGGCUACACUCGCGGCUCCAGCACGUCCAAAAGCAAGGUGGCAAAACCCUGCUGCUGCUCUCGCGCGACGCCGUGCUCCGAGCCAAGGCUUGCUAUGAAAGCUGGAGCGGUGUGUCCAACAGAGAAGACGGCAAGGCGAGCAACACGCCCUGGGCGUGGAACUCCGACGUCUUCAGUUCAGCUCUCGGCGCCCUUUUCUCCGCUCGCCUGCAGGGCGGCGCCGCUGAGCACUUCGCUCUGGUGCAGUUGGACUCAGAGACACUCGACAUACCGGAGAUGUUUCAAGGUCUACGUCUCUACCAGCUGCCCUCAGAGUCUCAGCGCCUUCUCGUCGACCUCCACACCGGGCGCCCGGGAAGCUUUGGAGCUCGGCUCAAGAGAUUCCUCUGGACCUGGAGAGCUUCGGCGCGGCUGGAGAAGAGGUUGAGGAACCGUGAGAAAGAGCGGUGGUCAUGCACCACACUCCCGCAGGUUGAAGAGGAGACGCUCCCUCUGCGUGUUUAACUCAGACUUUACCUCGCGUAGCAGGGUUCGGUAAUGAAAUGAAGUCCGUACACCGUGUACAUAUGAAGGAAGGAAACGUUAGCGCCUCUGAUUUAUUCGCGUCUGUGGGGGACUCGGUAUCAGUUCCAAAGUCAAGACGUUUGUGUUUUUUCUACCAUUUUCAUCUAUUUGCGAGUAGGUGGUGUCGUGUAAUCCUGCUUCUCGCUUCGCUCCUGUACAGACGUCUUUCCUUCUCACUCAGCGCCUUCGCUCCUGAACGACGGGGGUUCAGAAGACAAUCUAGGCAGCAGUAUAAGUAUUUUACCUACACGGGUUUUUAGAGCAGGAGCUCGUGUGUGUGGUCGUAAUGAGCAGUUCCGGACUAGGACUGCGACCUUCUACACCUACACUCAGCGCUGUAAAGUCUACGCGUAACUACUGAGCCCGUGAGUGAGGACGGGAACGUUUCAGAAACUUUAUGAUCCAGUGCUGGAGAUUUUUAUUAUUUUUUAAACCCAGCCGCGCUAAGGAAGGAGCACGACAGCAGUCGAGUGCACAGAAAAGUUGAAUUGUUUACACUAAUGACGCCACGGUCCCUAAAUCUACAUACGGAAUGCGUCCCGUGGCAUUACUGAUUCGCCACUCGUGUAAUAUUCCUACUCCCUUUCCGUGAAAUAUUGACAGACUGUUUAGAUUUACAGGGAGGAGCAUUAAACUGUAGUGUAAGAAUAACCGGAUUUAGAUUUAGGAAAUAUUUAAAACGUAUUAAUUGCCAGUUCUUUAGCAUGCCAAAGAACAUUUUAACAUUCAGAACCGGACCACGGAGCGAUGGACGGAGGCGGGCCGGUCUGAUGAAUCAGGUUUUCUCUUACAUCACGUGGAGUCCGAGUGCGUGUGUGCGCGUCGCUUUCCUGGGGACGAGACGGUACCGGGAUGCGCUGUGGGAAGAGGGCGAGCCGGCGGAGGCAGUGUGAUGCUCUGGGAAAAGUUCUGCUGGAAAACCUUAGAUCCUGGUGUUCACGUGGAUCUUACUUUGACACGUACCACCUGCCUAAACACUGUUACAGUGGCAGUGUCCUCUUUCAGCAGGAUAACGCGCCAGGAACGGUUCGAGGAACACGACAAAGAGUUGAAGGUGUCGACUCGGCUUCCGAAUUCCCCAGAUCUCGAUCCGAUCGAGCGUCUGUGGGACGUCCUGGACAAACAGGUCCGAUCCACAGAGACCCGACCUCGCAGCUUACAGGACUUAAAGGAUCUGCUGCUAACGUCUCGGUGCCAGAUCCCACAGCGCACCUUCAGAGGUCUCGUGGAGUCCGCGCCUCGACGCCUCAGAGGCACAAGGUGGACCUACACGAUGUUAUGCGGGUGGAUUUAAUGUCACGGCCGCUCGCUGUAUAACUUCACACGGAGUUCUAAAAAGUCCUCCAGUAAUCAACGCACGUUAGUCUUCGGCAAUCAGUAAUACGAUAUCCCGUGAAUGUCGAGGUGCGCGGUGGUGUUAUUAGGACCGUUUGAACAUCUCAGGUGACGCAGCGUAUUUGCACAUUGUCUGAAGUGACUCAUUUCGAAGAAAUGUGAAAACGGUAAAAUCGUAAAAAAAAAAAAAAAUUUCCGGUCCGUAAAGCAAGCUAGCCGAAAGACACCCGUGUAGGGAUGAUUUAAUACAGUGAUGAUAUCACAUCACGACCUGUGGUAGAAAGUUAAAGUGGAAAUAUAAAAAUGGAAGAGAUUUGUUUGGGAUUUACACCUCUUCUCCAGAGUUAGCAGAUCAGCCGAGACAGAUUCACUGUCUGGCUUCGGCCUGGAGCUCGGUUAAUCUCAGGUUAAUAUUUAUAUUAUUUUUUUCUGCCAAAUGAUUUAGAACAUAUCUACUAGUAACACACACACACACACACACACACACACACACACACACACACACACAGACACAAAAACACCUCCAGUUUUCACCCGUUCAGAGCCGAUGAAGAUGGACUCUGACCUUCAGCAGUAAACACGGAUCUGCUCCGAGUCUGUGGGUCGAAUCUGUGGGUCGAGUGUGUGGGUGUAUUUGUCCCCCCCACACACACACACACACUCACACACAGUUUAACAGAUGUGGCCCUGUUCAGAUAGGCCUCCUCGGGUUUCAAUCUCAAAUACAUACAAAUAUCUGAAAGAUGUGCACUUACUCAGGGGGAGAGAGAGAGAGACGGAGAGAGAGACGGAGAGAGAGAACUGUUUAAAAUAUCUACAAAACUUUUAAAUGUUGUAUAUGUACAUGUAUAUUCAUAUUCAAAACCAAUUAUAGCAUAUUAUAUAAUCGAUAUGUACAGUGUGUCGGAUUGUAAAGGUGUCGCUUUUUUAACCCGAAUGUGUGUGAAAUAUACCCGUGGUGUCAGCUUAAAGCACGUGAUUAAUAAUCCUGUGUUGUGUGAAGUGUUUUAAGCGUCUAACCUUUGACCUCCUGUUUAUUUAAUAAACACGUAACGAAGACA